AAAUUCAUAAGAAUAUUAUUUCCGAAGAAAGCAGUUGCAGUUGCACACCUAAACCCCCUUAAUAUCUUUUGACUUAUAACAUCAACUCUUAAUUACUUGCUUGCUUCUUCUUCUGCUCAUUCAUUUCCUCUUCGUUUGCGGAACAAGGGAGCCUAGCCUUAGAAUUUGGAGAAGUUACAAUUAGGAGUUCGUAAGUAAGUUAAGCAUGAUAAAACGGUCACCAAGUAGGAACAACAGAUCCAAAGGCAUAAAGGUAAAGCAUGUUCUGCAGAUUAUUCUAUUGCUUGGUGUUUGCUUCUGGUUGAUCUAUCAGGUUAAGCACUCACAUGAUAAGAAGAAGGAAUUUGAGGAGAAUGAUGCAAAAGUGUCCGUGGGAACUCAGACAGCAUAUCAGACUCUGAAACUUGGUAGAAAAGAUCUUCAUCCGGGUAAGGACGAAGUGAAUCAAAAUGAAAAGCAUGAGGAAGAAGAGGAAGAUGAUAAUGUAGAGGAUGCAUAUAAGCAUGACCACAAUGAACAUGAAGAAGAAGGAAAUGAGCAUGAAUCUGAAGAAAAAGGUGACAAACGUGGAGUGAGAGGAGGAGGAAGUGAACAAGAGGAAGAUGAAAACAAAAGCAAUGAGGUAGAAGAUCAAAGGGGAGGAGGAGAUGAUGAGAUAGACGAAAAUGACCAAGAGCAAUCAGCAGUGGAUACUGAUCAUGAUGAGGAGUUCACGGAUGAAGAGAAAGAAGAGGAGAGUGAUGAGAAAGAGAAAGAAAAUAGUAGGGAUGAGGAAAAGGAUGGUUCUGUUGAAAACCACAACAGUCAUGAAGCUCGGGAGGAAAAUUACAAGGGGGAUGAUGCUUCUAGCGCUGUCACUCAUGAUACUGGUACAACUAGCACCGAAAGUGAGACCCUUUUAGAAAACUUUGAUGUAACCUCAGCAAUGAAUAUCACGAAAUCAGAGAACAGACCUAAUUAUACCGAGGAAAGUAACAGGAGCCAAAAUAGUUCAAAUUUUAAUAUUACAGAAGCUGAAUUGCUAGGUGGGACUUCUUCCAAUGCAACAUCUGAUAAAGAAACUGGAAGCGACAGCUUGUCCAACACAGUCGAUAGCUCACAUUUAGACAAUACUACCACAACAUAUUCGGACAGUCUUUCUGGAACAGGCAGUAAUCUGACAGCAGCGAUCUCUGGAGGUAACUUGACAGGAACUAGUGCCAAUACUUCAUCUGAAUCAAACCAAGCUCAAAAUGGUACUGUGAAUGCAACAGUCAUCGAAGAUGUAAAAAAUGUGCAGACAGAAGGAUUAGAUCAGAGUGGCAAUAUAGUCUCUGAAGAAAACCUGUCUGGUUCUAACUCAACAGUCCCUGGUGAAAAAGAAAAGGGACAUGCAGCUGCAGAUGAAUCUUCUAAUCUAGAGGGUGGUGAGUUAGAAAACACAACAAAAUCUGUGGCAUCAAAUGAAACUGAGAAAAAUAGUAACACUGAAAUGAGUGAAACAAACAAGAAUCAGACUAUCUCACAUGUGGAGAACACUGAUGCUACUAAGAAUGAGUUCAAGGGUGACACACAAACAGAUGAAACAUCAGACUCAGUUGAACACCAAGACACUGAUUCUUCUGAUUCUCACAUCCUAAAAAAUGUGGCAGAGGGCCGAACUGAUCUGGAUACGUUGCCAGAUAUUAGAAAUGAAGGGGAUAACCGUGACGCAACUGCAACAGACUAAAAACAUCGUCUUCUUGUUAACGAGAAGAGCUAGUAGAGUUUUUCUUCUGAGUCAUGUUAUUUGAACACUUUUGCUUGUAAAAAAAAAAUGUUUAGGCAAGACCGUCAAAGGUACAAAGUAAGGGUUGUGGAUAUUCAUAUCAAGGUCUGAAUAUGUAUUAACUGAUUUCUUUGUUCCACCAUCCACUGCCAUUGUUUAUCUUGCUUGCCGUAUUAUUACUUGUUGCUAUAAUUUUAUCUUUCCUUUUGCGGA